AAGAAGGGGAAGAGUUUAGAUGUAACACCAGUACGGUGCGCGAUCGAGCUCAAAUUUCAUACGCUCUUACUCAACCUGUAAAUCGUUAUUCGCCCAGAGAUGUCCGCCACCAGGUAUCGUCGGUUCUUGAAGCUGUGUGAGGAGUGGCCCCGGGAUGAGACCAAGAAAGGCCGCGAUUUGGGGACGUUUCUGCGACAGAGAGUAGCCUCCACCUUCCGUGAGGGUGAAAACACACAGAUCUCAGAUCCAGAGAAAUGUGACCAGAUGUACGAAAGUUUGGCCCGAAUUAACGGCAACAUAUACAGACAACGAUUUCCUCGUGUAAGAGACACCAGCUUUACUGGUGUUACGGUGGAAGAAUGUAAAGUGCUGUUGUCAGGGAGUAUGCAACAGAUGGACGAGGAAAAAAAGGGUCUGUGGAAGACGUUAAUGGAGAGAUUCUCCUCCAAAUCACCAGAAGACGUUCCAGAGAAAGCUCCUGAAAAAUAACUGUCUUUUCUCAUUGCAUGUAUAGAAAUAAAGCUUAUGGUUGGUA